GUUUCUCAUUACUUCUCUCCAGACAUUUAUCAUUCAUUAACUCCUCACCAACAAUCUUGAGAUCGAUAUGUCAUCAUCUUCUCAGAGUCGGUGAAAUCGCUUGUAUAUAUAUAGUCUGGAAGGUGCUCCUCAACUGUGAGUUCCGGCUGCUCCGUUUCUUGAGGCGAGUAAGUAUCAGGCGCGGCGGUGAAAUAUAAAAUUUACAACAAAAUAGUGGUUGGUAUCUAUGGCGUUAAGAGUAAAUGAAGUUUUUUCGGAAAGAGAAAUGUAAAACACAAAUAUUUAUUUUUGUAGGUUAAAGAAAAUAGCUUUUCUGGUAAAAUAGUGGUUAGAGAAAUUAAGGUCUUUUGAAAAACUCUCAACUUAAGUGGAAACGCCUGCAAAAUAUUAUCCCUAAGAGAGAGAAAAUUAGUGAGAGAAAGUAGAUAUAAGUUUGGGUCUAACGGACGGUUGGCGCGUGAGCGUAAGUGUUGUCACCAAAGCUCUUCGUCUCUGUUAUAGUUAAUUAACUCUGGUUUUUCCAUUGUCUCCUCUGUCUUACCGCCUUGUCCGGGCUCUAUCCCAGUCUCCAUUUGUUGUCGUUAAUUUGGAGAGUAAACUGACAUCAAUGGAAGUUUUGCUUAUGGAAUAAAGGCGCGGCCGGGUAGAAGGUGAGAUGCGGUUAAGUCGUCUUGCUAGUUUAAAUUUUUAUUCUGGGAGGUGGAGGUUCUUACAACUCCGUUGCUGCUGGUCCUUGUCUCUGGGAAGUGGAAGUUUCUUUAGUUCUGCCAUCGUCGGCUUUUAUCUCCAGAAGGUAAAGGUUCUCAUAGUCUUUCGUCGCCGGUUUUAUGUGAUUCAAUUUAUUUGGAUAAGGUUUGGGCUCCGAUUGUGGAUCUGGUGUGAUUUUCAGCUAUUUGCUCGCAGCUUUGCUCUGUUGGAUGAGAUUUUGAAUCAUUCGAUGAGGCUCUCCGAUGUGAAGACGAAGCGUGGAAAAAAAGAGAUGGAUUCGGUGGAGGCUCUCUGGUUAUAUGAGUUCUGACGUAAUGAGUGUUAUGGUGGUUUGCUCCGGCGGCGUCUCAAGGCGGUAGCGGUCAAGUUGAGGUGGAAGUGACGCGUGUCGCUCCGAUGGUGGAGAUCUUAACAUGUGUCUGGUCUCCUUGACGCGUGAACUUGCAUGGAGCCGUCUGGUUUCUAUCGUUUGGUGCCACAGGUCCAUUUAGUUUUAUUUUCUUUGGCCCGUUUGUAUUUGGGCUUUAUGCAUUGUAGUUUGUUGGGAUUCAAUUCGGUUUCUGGUGUGGACCCGAUUCAAUAAAAUCUUGACAGAAAAAAAAGUGGAAACGCUUAAUCGAACGGGACCCACAAAUAUUAUUAUUCUGAAUCUGAACAACCGUUCAUAGAGCAAAGCACACUGGAUUAUCAUUUUUAUGUGAUU